UCACAGGGUGUGGACCUUGAGCGCUCCUAUUGGCUGGCGUCGCAGGAGAGGGCCGUCACUUCCGCUGUGGGGGGCGGGCGCUUCGGUCCGAGGGUGGGGCUGCGGUCACCUCAGCGCGUCCGAGCAUGGGGGCCAGGGAGCUGGACUAUACCAUCGAGCUGCCGCCGGGGGGCUGGCCGGACACUAGUCCAGAGAGGGGAAACACAAAUAACCUGCCUGUGGUAAUUCUGCUGGGAUGGGCUGGCUGCCGUGAUAGACACCUGGCAAAAUACAGCACCAUCUACCAUCAGAAGGGGUGCACAGUUAUCCGCUACACAGCUCCAUGGAAGAUGGUGUUUUUCGCAGACAGCUUUGGCAUCAGGUCCCUCCAGACCCAAGCUAGAAAGCUCCUGGAGCUGCUCUUUGACUAUAAAAUUGAAAAGAAACCCCUGCUGUUUCACGUGUUCAGCAAUGGCGGGGUCAUGCUUUACCGCUACAUCCUAGAGCUUAUCCACACGCACGGGCAAUUCAGCAACCUCAAGGUGGUGGGCACCAUUUUUGAUAGCUCCCCAGGCAGAAGAAACUUGAUGGGGACUCUGCGUGCCUUGGCAGUUGUCUUGGAAUCAACUAACGUGCUGCUCAAGUAUUGCCUCCUGCUUGUCUUCGCCAUCCUGGUGGUGGUGCUGCGGAUCCUGAUGUAUCCAGUGACUCGCUUCUUCCAUGAGAUCCAUUAUGACGCCCUGCUGAAGGGGCCUUCGAGGUGGCCCGAGCUCUACCUCUACUCCAAGGGUGACAGAAUCAUCCUGGCCAGUGACAUAGAGCACAUGAUCGAGGCCCGGCGGCAGCACAAUGUUGCAGUGAGAGCUGUGGACUUCUCAGACUCUGCUCAUGUGAGUCACUUGCUGGCAUAUCCCUCCUAUUACAUGAGCCUCUGCACCUCUUUCAUGUAUGACUGCGCUGGAUGCGCCUAGGGUUCACCAAGGCAGAGAUAGCAAGUGCCUGUGUAAAGACCCCCAGCAGAUGCUCCCUCUUCACUGGGAUCACACCAGAAACAAACGGUGCUCUCUGUCUCUCUGCCUCUUUCUUCAGCAUCUCUCUGCUCAUAAUAAAAUCCUGAUUCACCAAGGGCAAGUCAUGCCUGACUAAUCUAAUUGCCUUCUAUGGCGAGAUAACUGGCUCUGUGGAUAAGGGGAAAGCGGUAGACAUGUUGUUCCUUGACUUUAGCAAAGCUUUUGACACAGUCUCCCACAGUAUUCUUGCCAGCAAGUUAAAGUAGUAUGGGCUGGAUGAAUGGACUAUAAGGUGGAUAGAAAGUUGGCUAGAUUGUCAGGCUCAACGGGUAGUGAUCAAUGGCUCCAUGUCUAGUUGGCAGCCAGUAUCAAGUGGAGUGCCUUAAGGGUCGGUCCUCGGGCUGGCUUUGUUCAAUAUCUUCAUAAAUAAUCUGGAGGAUGGUGUGGAUUGCACCCUCAGCAAGUUUGCAGAUGACACUAAACUGGGAGGAGAGGUAGAUACCCUGGAGGGUAGGGAUAGGAUACAGAGGGCCCUAGACAAAUUGGAGGGUUGGGCCAAAAGAAAUCUGAUGAGGUUCAACAAGGACAAGUGCAGAGUCCUAUACUUAGGACGGAAGAACCCCAUGCACCGCUACAGACUAGGGACCGAAUGGCUCGGCAGCAGUUCUGCAGAAAAGAGCCUAAGGGUUACAGUGGACGAGAAGCUGGAUAUGAGUCAACAGUGUGCCCUUGUUGCCAAGAAGGCCAAUGGCAUUUUGGGAUGUAUAUGUAGGGGCAUUGCCAGCAGAUCGAGGGACGUGAUCGUUCCCCUCUGUUCAACAUUGGUGAGGCCUCAUCUGGAGUACUGUGUACGGUUUUGGGCCCCACACUACAAGAAAGAUGUGGAAAAAUUGGAAAGAGUCCUGCGGAGGGCAACAAAAAUGAUUAGGGGACUGGAACACAUGACUUAUGAGGAGAGGCUGAGGGAACUGGGAUUGUUUAGUCUGCGGAAGAGAAGAACGAGGGGGGAUUUGAUAGCUGCUUUCAACUACCUGAAAGGUUGUUCCAAAGAGGAUGGCUCUAGACUGUUCUCAGCGGUAGCAGAUGACAGAACAAGCAGUAAUGGUCUCAAGUUGCAGUGGGGGAGGUUUAGGUUGGAUAUUAGGAAAAACUUUUUCACUAGAAGGGUGGUGAAACACUGGAAUGUGUUACCUAGGGAGGUGGUGGAAUCUCCUUCCUUAGAAGUCUUUAAGGUCAGGCUUGACAAAGCCCUGGCUGGGAUGAUUUAGUUGGGGAUUGGUCCUGCUUUGAUCAGGGGGUUGGACUAGAUGACCUCCUGAGGUCUCUUCCAACCCUGAUAUUCUAUGAUUCCACCACCCUUCCCCAGAGCUUGGAGACACAGAAUUGCUGAUUUCUAGGCAUCUAGUACACAGCUGGAUGUCUGAAGCCUCCAAAUCGGUUGUUGGGCUGGUCAGAGGUGAUGGUGCUAAGUAGAGUCAAGAGAGUCCAAAUGAAUAUAACUUACAUAAUAGGGGUAAAAUCCUGUCCCUGCUGAAGACAAUGGGAGGUUUGCCAGGAGCUUUCAUGGGGGUGGGCUUUCACCAUAGGAGGCCAGAGAAAGGAGUGAAUUAAUGUGACUGGGGAGCACUACAUCCCCCUUCUUAUACCCUCUUUCCCCUUUCCCUGCUGCCCUCCACUUCGUAGUCCUGGGCGUGUAACUUACAUCACCAUCCAUGCUCCAUCUUGUUACACUGGAGCAAUUCUGUGAUGUCCCUAGCACCCAGGGCUCUCUGCUUAGCCUAGGUUUUUUUUUUUCUCUGCUGCUUCCUCCAGCCCACCGUUGAGUCAGCUGAAGCUCUGCAGUGUCACCUCAUUCUCCCAAUCCCCCCACUCUUCUAUUUACACCCCUCUGCUCUCAGCUGUGCAUGUAGUCACAUUGACGAGGACAGAAUGAGACUCUUGGCAGAGCCUUUAAUAGGGCAGACCAAUGCAGGUCCCUCCCUGUCCGCGCCCUCAAGGCACUGCACCUCAGCCCUACUCCUAGCUGGAGAUCAGCUACAGCAAUCAAACACAGUGUCUCCGAAAGCCCAGUGUAGGUAACUGCGCCCCAAUAUGUCAGCCUGGUUCUAUUUAAUAGGGCUGGGGCAGAAUGGCCAAGGGGCUGCUCCCUUGCUGGAUGGCUCAAAUCCCUGUAGCUGAGUUAAUUUAAAGCUUUAUCUGUGAAAUAUCUAACGUGUCUCAGUGUCUGGUCUUUGUUCCUCUCCCCUGACGCUUCCCUCUCAUUGCUGAAAUCAUUGGGUGAAUAGCUGUGUGUUGCUGUGUAGAUUUACCAGUCUGUUAAGGUGUGUGCCCAGGAGUGCAGGGCGGUCACUUUGAGUAUCUGUAACCCCGAGUUCUAUCUCACCUCCUGUGCCCAAAUUUCCUGGGUCUUUCAGAAACUGCUUUCUCUUUGAUCCUCUAAGGGAGAGCCUUCAUUACCAACUAGCAUCAUUGCUCACAUUCCAGAAGAUUUGUUAAUUAAUCUACACACGCGAACACUUCAGAGUGUGUUGCUUACUCCCUGUACAGACAUGUUUGAUGGGAUGAGCCAAGCUAGAAAACAUCCUGUUUGGGUUUUCUUCUGUGGAGGGGGAGUGAGGGGUUAAAGUAGGGGAAGGACUAUACUACAAUCUACGAAGGUUGAAUUGGUUGAAUUCUAACUGAUCUGACUUUCUGUGUGUUUAUGGAUCCUGGCUUUUUUGGGAGGAUAGGGGGUAGAUUGAAUUAUAACCCUGGAAAAGCCUGCCACUUUCCAGCACAGCAUGAUCUAAUCUGGGGCCUCUGAAAUGAUGCUAGUCCCGCGAAGGAUCCAGUGCCCUGUGAACACCUGUACAGCUGCCUGAGGACACAGUUCGUCCCUGUGGUUUUCUGUGCAGCCUCCCCUCCUGCAUACAGCAAUCAUGCUGACUAUGGGAUGUUCAUGAGUUGUUCCCCCAGCAAGAGCCGCUUUGUAAUGUCAUUACUUUCCUCCUCUGCAACCCCACAAAUGUGAAUCAGAGCAGAGUAGUACCCUGUCAUUUCACUGAGGGUCCAGUAGCAGGGUUGGGAGGAAAUGCUUAUUCAAAUGCAUUUGAAAUGGGGAUUUAGAAAUGUAUUAAUACCGUUUAUAAUGUAUUUUACAAUCUGCCUCAGUUUGCAAGCAGAAACAACAGUCCAACUGCAGCUAUUUUCAGCUUCCCAAACAGCUCAGAGAGGCCCUACAGUACAACUGGGGAGUCCUUCUAAGUCUUCUUUUGACGUGUACGUGACUGUUUGCAUGUUUCCUGAAUCUCCUCUGUUAAACUGACCCCAAAAGCCUAACACUGUGAUGAGGAAUUAAAGAUGAGAGAG